AUGGGUCUCCUCAAAUACGCCCUUCCCGCAUUUUUGGCGGCGAACUCCGUCUUCGCUGCUGAUGACUGUGGUAGCGCCGGCAAGACCAUCACCAUCGAAAGCCAGGGUGAUGCCAGCAAAUACAGCAGCUGUAAGAUUCUUAAGGGUGAUGUCGAGAUCAGCAAAAGUAUCACCGGCGACGUGCGCCUCGACGGUGUCCAAGAGAUUGCUGGCAGCUUAACUGUUGAUGGUGCUGUCAACCUGACCUCUCUGUCUGCCUCCAGCCUGAGCUCGAUUGGCGACACCAUGCACUUGAACAGUCUAACCAGCAUGACCACUCUCGAAUUCGCUGCUCUUACUAAGGUCGGAAGCAUCAAGUGGGCCGUUCUUCCCAUGUUGCAGACCCUCGCCUUCACCAAGGGUGUUACUGAGGCCAGCAACGUCGCGAUCACCAACACUGGCCUGACCAACCUGGAUGGAAUCUCCUUGAAGACCGUUGGUGACUUGGACGUCACUGAGAACUUGUCCUUGGAGACUGUCAACGUGAACAACCUGAAGAAUGCCACGGGCCUGAUCAACUUUGCUGGAAAUAAGCAGUCAUUGGAGAUUGAACUCCCCAACCUGGCCGGUGGUCGGAAUAUGACCUUCCGUAACGUUUCUUCCGUCUCCGUUCCUUCUCUGGAGCUCCUUAGCGGUCAGCUUGGCUUCUGGGGCAACUCAUUCAAGUCUUUCAUUGCCCCUAACCUCACCGAGACCGGUGACUUGGUGUUUGACAACAACAACAAGCUCACCAACAUCAGCAUGAACAAGCUCGAGACUGUCCAUGGCGGCUUCCUUAUUGUCCGUAACGACAAGCUGGGUUCCGUCGACUUCCCUAAGCUUGCCAAGGUCACUGGUGCUAUUGACUUCAGCGGUAAAUUCGAUGAGGCCGAUCUCCCUGCUCUGAAGACCGUUGCCGGUGGCUUCAACAUGCAGAGCACUGGUAACUUCAGCUGCGAUACCUUUAACAAGCUUGAGGGCAAUGCCAUCCGCGGCAAGUACGAGUGCAAGGCUAAGACGCCCAACCCUACCACCAAGGAUGGCUCUUCUGGCUCCACCACUAGCGGCGGCCAGCCCUCUUCCUCCUCUAGCGAGGGUGCCUCCGCCAUGAACGUUGCCAACGUGCCCGCCAUGGGUCUGGCUGCCGUCUUCGGUGCUCUGGUUCAGUAUGCCCUGUAA